AUGCGAUAUUUUUCCACAAGAGGGAAAGAUCAACUACUAUCUUUCGAAGAGACCGUCCUCACGGGCCUCGCGCCGAACGGCGGGCUAUACAUCCCGGAGAACAUCCCAUCGCUACCACACGGUUGGCAGAUCGCGUGGAGGAACCACUCGUUUGUCGACCUCUCAGUUGAGGUUCUCUCCUUGUACAUUUCUCCCGACGAAAUCUCUCGCGCCGAGCUGCGGGCCCUCGUCGAGAAGUCGUACUGUACGUUCCGCCAUCCUGAUGUCACCCCUGUAAAGAAGUUGGACGACAAGACGUACGUUCUGGAGCUCUUCCACGGCCCUACAUUUGCAUUCAAAGAUGUUGCAUUACAAUUGCUGGGCAAUCUGUUCGAGUUCUUCCUAGUGAGGAGGAAUGCGCGGAAGGCUGCGGGAGAGAAGCAGGAGAAGCUGACGGUGAUUGGUGCCACAAGUGGUGACACCGGAAGUGCUGCCAUCUAUGGGUUGCGAAACAAAGCAAACGUCUCCAUAUUUAUUCUGCACCCGAAAGGGCGCGUCUCUCCCAUUCAAGAGGCACAAAUGACUACCGUCACCGACGUGAACGUGCAUAAUCUUGCCGUCGAUGGGACAUUUGACGACUGCCAGGACAUGGUAAAAGCACUCUUCGCCGACAAGGAGUUCAACGCGACACAUCGCCUCGGCGCAGUCAACUCGAUCAACUGGGCUCGCAUUCUCGCGCAGACUGUCUACUAUUUUCUCGCAUACUUCCAUGUCACACCGCAGCUGCCCGCGGGCGCUGCGCUGCAGUUCGUCGUGCCCACGGGCAACUUCGGCGACAUACUCGCGGGCUACUACGCGAAGCGCAUGGGCCUGCCGAUGGCGCAGCUCGUGGUCGCGACGAACGAGAACGACAUUCUCGCGCGGUUCUGGCGGCACGGCGCGUAUGAGAAGGUCGAUUCCGGCGUGGGGGCCGGUGCCGCCGCAGAUGGUGCGUCGGACGGCAAGCAGGCCGCCGGCGGCGUGAAAGAAACACUGAGCCCGGCGAUGGACAUCCUCGUCUCGAGCAACUUCGAGCGAUUGCUCUGGUACCUCGCGUAUGAGGGUGCGGCACAAGAUGCCGCUUCUGCAGACAGGGCACGCACAGCGUGUACAACGCUUGACGGGUGGAUGAGCGAGAUGAAGAGCGACGGGCGAGUACAGGUCCCCACUGCUGUACUGGAACUGGCGAGAAGGGAUUUCCUCGCGGACAAAGUCUCGGACGAACAGACAUUGGAGACAAUUCGUGCAUACUAUAGCUCUCAACCGUCGUACGUCGCCGACCCACAUACAGCCGUGGGCCUCACUGCGGCGGGAAUAGUCGCACCACACAACCCUCUCAAUGUAUUUCAGGUCGUGCUAUCAACGGCACACCCAGCAAAAUUCUCAGAAGCAGUGACGCGCGCCCUGAGCUCUUCGACGAGUUUCCAGUUCGAACGAGACGUACUUCCAGAAGAGUUCAAGGGCUUGUUGGAGAAGCAACGUCGAGUCAUCGAGGUGGAGGCGCCAGACAUCGAGCUGGUGAAAAAGGUCAUCGAGCAAUUUGUGGAAACCGAGACCACCGGUGAAGCGGCGCCAGCGCGAGCUAGUGUGUAA